AUGAGAACAUGGUGUGUUCAGCUGGAGUUUUUCCUUUGUCUUCCAGGGGGCACGGCGUCCCGGCAGAAGGGUUUCCGGGGCUGCAUCCGCUCCCUGCAGCUGAACGGCGCCCCGCUGGACCUGGAGCAGCGGGCCCGGGUCACGCCGGGGGUGCGGGCGGGCUGCCCCGGCCACUGCAGCAGCUACGGGGGGCUGUGCCGGCACCAGGCGCGCUGCCUGGAGAGGGCCAGCGGCUUCCACUGCGACUGCAGCCACACGCCCUACGCCGGGGCCUUCUGCAGCACAGCACGUUUCAGGCUAGUCUUCAGUCGCGGCUUCCACUGCGACUGCAGCCAAACGCCCUACGCCGGGGCCUUCUGCAGCACAGAGGUGUCGGCCAGCUUCAAGCCGGGAACCUCGGUCCGCUACACCUUCCCAGAUCCCGUUGAGCCGGGCGGAAACGGCAGCGCCCCGCCCUCCUCCGUCCCCCCCGACGGGUCCCUGAGGGGGGAGAACGUGUCCCUGAGCUUCAGGACCAGCCAGACUGUGUACGAACAGUCCUGCGAGGCCUACAAACACAACGGGAACUCGUCGGGGUUUUUCUACCUGGACGUGGACGGCAGCGGCCCAAUAGGACCACAGCUGGUGUUCUGCAACAUGACAGAGGAGGAAACGUGGAUGGUGAUUCAGCACAACAACACGGAGCUGACCAAAGUCCGGCCGGCUCCGGGUCUGAACCAGCACUCAGUCUACUUUCACUACACGUCUCAGGAGGAGCAGCUGUCGGCCGCCAUCGACCAAUCAGAGCACUGCCAGCAGGAGCUGUCCUACCACUGCAGGAAGUCCCGCCUCCUCAACACUCAAGAGGGCUCCCUGUUCAGCUGGUGGUUGGGCGGUCCUGGUCCUGGUCCUGGACGGGUCCAGACCUACUGGGGGGGGGCGAACCCGGGCAGCCAGCAGUGCGCCUGCGGCCUGCGGGGCGACUGCGUGGACCCCCAGCACUACUGCAACUGCGACGCCGACCGCCUGGAGUGGACCGAGGACUCGGGCCUCCUGACCCACAAAGAAAACCUCCCGGUCAGGUCCCUGGUCCUGGGUGACAUCCAGAGGCCGGGCUCAGAAGCUGCCUACAGGGUGGGACCUCUCCAGUGUCAUGGGGACAAGAAUUUCUGGAACGCAGCGUUUUUCGACAAGGAGACGUCGUACCUGCACUUCCCCACCUUCCACGGCGAGCUGAGCGCGGACAUCUCCUUCCUGUUUAAGACCACCGCCUCCUCUGGGGUGUUCCUGGAAAACCUGGGAAUCAAGGACUUCAUCCGCAUCGAGCUGAGCUCCUCCACACAGGUGGUGUUCUCCUUCGAUGUGGGGAACGGUCCUCUGGAGGUCCGCGUGGAGUCCGGCGCCCCGUUAAACGAUAACCGGUGGCACCGGGUCUGGGCCGAACGGAACGUGAAGGAGGCGUGGCUUAAGGUGGACGGGCUGCCGGCGGCCGCCCAGGAGGCCCCCCCCGACGGGCACUUCCACCUGCAGCUCAACAGCCAGCUCUUCAUAGGGGGCACGGCGUCCCGGCAGAAGGGUUUCCGGGGCUGCAUCCGCUCCCUGCAGCUGAACGGCGCCCCGCUGGACCUGGAGCAGCGGGCCCGGGUCACGCCGGGGGUGCGGGCGGGCUGCCCCGGCCACUGCAGCAGCUACGGGGGGCUGUGCCGGCACCAGGCGCGCUGCCUGGAGAGGGCCAGCGGCUUCCACUGCGACUGCAGCCACACGCCCUACGCCGGGGCCUUCUGCAGCACAGCACGUUUCAGGCUAGUCUUCAGUCGCGGCUUCCACUGCGACUGCAGCCAAACGCCCUACGCCGGGGCCUUCUGCAGCACAGAGGUGUCGGCCAGCUUCAAGCCGGGAACCUCGGUCCGCUACACCUUCCCAGAUCCCGUUGAGCCGGGCGGAAACGGCAGCGCCCCGCCCUCCUCCGUCCCCCCCGACGGGUCCCUGAGGGGGGAGAACGUGUCCCUGAGCUUCAGGACCAGCCAGAGUCCGGCCCUGCUGCUCUACGCCAGCUCCCACCACGGACAGUACCUCGCCCUGCUCAUCAACAAGCACGAUAAGCUGGAGCUGAGAUACAAGCCGGACGGCGGCGGGGACGCCCAGGUCCUGAGGAGCGGCGUGAAGAACCUGGCGGACGGACGCCUGCACGCCGUUAUCGUCCGCCGGCAGCCCGACUCCGUCUCUGUGCAGAUCGACCAGGAGAGCAGAGAAGACUUCAACCUGACCUCCGAGGGAGAGUUCAACAGCUUUAAGUCGCUGGUUUUGGGCAAAGUGCUCGAGCCCGCUGACCUGGACCCGGACCUGGCCCGGUUGGGCUCUCUGGGCUUCAGCGGCUGCCUGUCGGUGGUCCGGUUCGACUCCGUCAGCCCCCUGAAAGCCGCCCUGCUGUUGCCGGGCAACAGCCGCGUGCUCGUCUCCGGACCCCUGCUCCGCUCCACCUGCGGCUCGGCGGAUUCGACCAAUCCCAGCGCAGCUCAGAACACCCCACACCUGUCAGACCAGUCGGGCUCUCUGGGUUCGGGUCAACCUUUGGUGAACGCCAUGAAGACGGACUCCGCCCUGAUCGGAGGGGUCAUAGCCGUGGUCAUUUUCGUGCUGGUGAGCGUCCUCGCCAUCGGCGCCAGAUUCCUGUACCGGAGGAAAGAGACGUACCGGAACCGGGAGGCGAAGGGCGUGGAACGGGAGGACAGCCAGGAUUUCCAUUACAGCAACCAGCCCGGCUCACAGAGGGCCUCCAGCGAGAGCCCCAAGCAGUUCUUCAUGUAG